CAAAAAUGCCAGGCAAGCAUAACGCAAGUAAAGUGGUAGGCACUGUGGUAUACUCGCUGUAAGAUACAACAGGCAGUAAACCUGGGUUUCUUGUUACCGACAGUUCUCCACUUGCAACAUUGUAGUUACCUUUAGGUUAACAACCGUAACGUAAACUUUUUUCUGACAUUAAAUUUGCCCUUCGUCUUCUAUUCGUUAUUAUGUCUGGUUUUUCAAGCGUCGUUACUCGUUCUGUUGAAAAGAUAUACCGCCGGGCUUUGGCAGAUUCAUGGGACAACACUGGUCUCUUGCUGGAAGCUCCUCAGGACCGUCCUCAUGCCCGUACUGUACUUCUUACCAAUGAUUUGACGACUGCUGUCGCUGACGAGGCCAUUGAAAACAAGUCCGUUGGUGCAAUCGUUUCUUACCAUCCUAUUAUCUUCCGUGGACUCAAAUCCAUCACCCUAAGUAACCCCCAGCAGAGAAGUCUUCUUCGUCUGGCUGCCGCCGGAAUACAUGUCUAUUCACCACACACUGCAGUGGACGCUGCUGUUGACGGCGUAAAUGACUGGCUUUCUCGCGGAAUUGCCGGAAAUGGUGACGGUAUUUCUGCAUGCUCUGUUUUGCAGUCCAACGAUUCCAUGCAAGAAGGAGAGGGAUACGGCCGUCUUGUAGAGCUUAAGGAAGCGGUUACUCUUGCCGAUCUUGUUCAGCGAGCCAAGAAACUGACUGGUCUGAAGCAUGUCCAAGUAUGCGCUCCAAAAGGUCUGGAUGUUUUGAUUUCUAAGGUCUCCCUCUGUGCUGGUUCUGGAGGCUCCGUUGUAAUGGGAACCAAGGCUGAGCUUUACUUUACCGGCGAGCUCUCUCAUCACCAAGUGUUGGAAGCUGCUGCCAAUGGUAUUUCUGUAAUCCUGUGUGGACACAGCAAUACGGAACGUGGUUAUUUGACUGAGGUUAUGAAAGAAAAGUUGCUUCAAUCUUUCCGUGAGGAUCCAAAUGGAAAAGACGUCGAGGUUUGUGUUUCUACGGCGGAUAAGGAUCCAUUGAUGACUAUGUAAUAAUAGAUUAGAAUGAGAGGGGAACGAUGAGAAGAACACAUGUUGGAUAAGUGCAUUGGUAAAGUACAUCGUAACGGCAAAAACGCAUUUAAAUACACAUUAUACCAAUCAUGAAGCCUCUUUCUUUUGCUCGCUUGAAUUCCACACUGUCCAAAUUCAUUUGUAUACUAUUCGUGGCA